AUGCGUUCUAAGCGAAAGCUGCUGCUGCUGACCUCGCUGGUCUCGUGGCUCUGGCUGGUCCAGCGUCACCUCAGGAAUCAUCAAGCACAAGAACUUGGACUUUCAGACUGGUUUGAUCCCAGGAAACGCCCCGACGUCGUGACGACCACGGGCUGGCUCGCCCCCAUCAUAUGGGAAGGCACGUUCAACAGGCGGGCCCUGCGGGACCACUACGCCAGGCGGAACCUCACCGUGGGCCUGGCCGUCUUUGCCGCCGGCAGGGCCGCGGCCGGGCACCUGGAGCCGUUCCUGCGGUCGGCGAAGAAGCACUUCAUGACGGGGUACCGGGCCGUCUUCUACAUCAUGGUGGACGACCCCCACAGGCUGCCGGACCUGGAGCCGGGCCCUCUGCAGACCUUCAAGGCGCUGCCCCUGGCGCAAGACCGCGGGUGGCACGACCUUGACCUCGUGCGCAUGAGGCAGCUGGGGGAGCUCGUCGCCGACCACGUCCAGGGCGAGGUGGACUUCCUCUUCAGUGCGGCCGCCGACCAGGUCUUCCAGGGGGACUUCGGGGUGGAGACCCUGGGCUCGUCUGUGGCCCAGCUCCACGCCUGGUGGUGGUACAGAGCCGCUCGCGACUUCCCUUACGAGAGGAGGCCGCGCUCGGCCGCCUGCAUCCCGUCCGGGCACGGGGACUUCUUCUACGAUGGCGCGCUGGUUGGGGGCACGCCCCUGCGGGUCCUGCACCUCGUGGAAGAGUGUCUGAAAGGGGCGCUACAGGACAUGAAACACGGGCUGAACAGCACCUACGAGAGCCACCUGAACAAGUAUUUCUUCCUGCACAAGCCCACCACGCUGCUGUCCCCGGAGUACGGCUGGGACGCCGUGCUGCAUCCGCCCGCACAGGUCCGCUACGUCAAGGUGCUGCGGCACCCCAAGGCGGCCUGGUGA